AGCCAUGUUGGCUCAAACAGGCUGCUGAAACUUCGGGGCCGGUUGGGGGGCUCCUUCUUGUGUAGUUGUUGAGCAGAGCAGUUGCCGGGAUGGACGAUGUCGAGGUCGCAGCAGCUGUCGAGAUGGGGGACUCCAAUGCAAGGCGGGGCGCGUUUACCGACGACGCCGGACCUGACGAAGGAAGCGGCGCCCGUCCUGGCCCACCUGGCGGUCGGCCGCGCGGCGCGGUGACGGGCGGCUGGGGCUUCGACGCGCCAGACAACGAUGCCAGUAGUGCCCCGGCGCAUCGACCUUUUGCAGAGUCGCCGCAACCGGCCCAGGAGGUCAAGCGGGGCCAUUUCGACGACGACAACGAGCUCGUCCCGACCAUCCCAGACCUGGAGGAGGAGGCGGAGGAGGACAUCACGCGUCAGGUCGCCGCGCCGCCAGCAGCCGCACCGACAAUUAUGGCGCCUGUGCGCAGUGUCAGGGAGCUCGACGUCGCGCUCGCAGGGAAGGCCUCGCAGCUGCCCGCGACCCCAGAAGAGGGCGUGGACCUGGCACCCCUGAUGCAGUGCCUGUGCUCCGAGAAGCUCGUGUUCGAAAAGGACGAGACCUGGGACCACGAGCUCAUCUUCCAGGAGGUCGCCAGCGCGAUGAACUCCGACGCCGCCAAGGACGAGGAGGGCGAAGCGGAAGAAGACAACAAGAUCGGCAACACGAACACGGGCACGUGAGCGUUCCCACCGACGACGCUGGCAGGUUGAGCGGAACCACGCAGCUUUAGGUGCCCAGAGCCCGCGCCACGUGCCUUUGCAUGACACCGCGCUGAUGCAUGACGCGUCGAUGUGUUGUUGGUCACGGCUGCAUCUUCGGUGUGGGCCGCCGGGGCCGGCCGGGAUUGGCGUUGAUGGUGUGAAGCACUGCUCAGUGGCUCGCCAGGAAUGUCGGUGUAGCCAGCUGAAAACGCGCAGCUCGCAUAGCCAUCGCCAUACUGGUUCUUCUGGUGGUUCCAGCCUCGUGCUUGCGGUGUGC